AUGGCAGCCCCGGAGACUCUUUCGGCCCUGCUAGAACAGCUAACACAGUCGCUGUCAUUGACGCAGGAAGCAGCUCCAGCUCUGUCUACAAUCGCGCACCCCAAGGAUGGCAUCUCCCUACUGGAUGUGAAGAACGAGGUGCUCUUGUCCUACCUAGAGAACCUGGUAUUCCUCAUUCUACUUAAAAUUCGAAACCACAAGACGUCGACGAGCGAAUCAAUAGAUCAAAAAUUGAACGAAGAAGUCCGGUCAAAACUAGUCGAGCUUCGGUUAUACCUCGAAAAAGGUGCGCGUCCGUUAGAGGAAAAGCUCAAAUUCUCGAUUGAGCGAUUCCUCCGUAGUGCAGACGACGCCCAGCGCGAAGAGCAAGCCAAGGAACAGCAUGGCAAGGGCAACGACAGGACAGGCUCCGAGAGUGACGAAGACGAGUCAGGCUCUGGAUCUGAUGACGACGACGAAGAGUCAGAGGCUGAGCAGGAUAUCAACAAGGGCAACGCGCCAAGGAAAAUGUCAGCGGCUCCCAAGCUUAGCAACUUGGUAGAUGAUGUGACUGCUCGGCCUGCGCAAAGGGACGGUGCCCCGUCCGGGGUCUAUCGGCCGCCAAAGAGAGAUCGUCAAGUCAUGGAUACUGGGGCGCGGAAAGAAAAGGUCGAUCGCCGGCCCAAUAAGUCACGCACCAUGGAAGAGUUUGUUAGCACUGAGCUUUCCGCAGCACCCUUGGCGGAGCCUAGCAUCGGCACCACCAUUGUGCAAGGCGGCCGCAGGACGAAGACGGCGGCCGAUCGCGAGGCUGAGGCGGAGCGCCGCGAAUACGAAGAGACCAACUAUACACGUCUGCCCAAGGAAAGCAAAAAGGACAGAGCCAAAAAGGCUCGUCAAGAUGGAAGCAGCCGUCGCAUGCAGUUUGGUGGCGAGGAGUGGCACGAUUUGGGCGAAGGCGUGGAUCGCAUUGAUCGUCUUACCAAGCGCAAGGAGGGUGGAAAGGGAGCCAACGUUCGCGCAAUGCUGGACAAGAGUCGCAAGCGUGGUCGGGACACAACGGAUGGGCCCAGAGGAAGUGGCCAUGAGAUGGGUGACAGAUUUAAUAAAAAGGUCAAGAUGUUGGAGGCGGGUCGCAGAGACAGAGGGAAGAACAGGUAG